AUGGCUUUGGUGAGCUGGUUAGUUUUGGUUGCCGUGUUGCUGACACAAGUAUUCACAGCAACCCUACACAUACUAUCCAGAGUGAUUAUGAAGGGUGGAACCUUCAUUUUCGCGCUAAUCACUUACUAUAAUGCAGUUUCUGCUCUAUCGAUUGCCCCUCUUGCUUACUACUUUGAGAGAUCUGCUGAAAAGAAAUUUGGUUGCACAGUUUGCUUCUGGCUUUUUGCUAGUGCUCCAAUCGUUCUCCAUGAUACCACAGCCACCUUUGCCACUAACUUAUACAACUUAAUUCCCAUAUUCACUUUUCUCUUGUCACUCAUCACCGGAACAGAGAAACUAGACCUGCGAACCAAACAAGGAAAAAUAAAGACUUUUGGAGUGUUGCUGUCGCUUGUUGGAGCACUAGUUGCAUCCCUUUACAAGGGAAAUGAAUU